UAGUCAACGAGUAUUCGUUAAAGACGUAGCACAAACUUUGUACGGUCCCUCUGCACGUGUGUUUUGAUUGUGAUAAACAAAUACUGAUAAGAAUUUAACCGAACGCUGGCAACGGAAACUAUAAAUGAAAUAAUAGUGCCUUAUUUUGUGGAAGCUGUGUGACUGCUGCGAAGAUGGAUCUCGCGAACGCGAAGGCGAUAUCUAUGCUGGCCUUAGGGCUGGGUAGUUUUAUAGCUGGUAUGGCACCAGCUUGUAUUUCUGAAAGAGCGAGGCAAAGACAUCCACUGCUUAUAUCCUGCCUUCUCUGCUUUGGAGGUGGAGUACUUCUAUCCACUUCUUUAGUCCAUAUGUUACCAGAGGCUAGAGAGAAGUUACCAAGCUUUACAGAACUGUAUUUCUGCGCGGGAUUCUUCAUAGUUUAUCUCGUAGAUGAAUUGGUGCAUUUCUUCUAUGGGUCGCACGGGAGUGGCCAUGAGAGACGCAGGGGUUAUACGGAGGAGACCAGUCUGCUACGACCAGAUUUAAGAGAUGGAGAGAUGCGUGAACGAUGCUGUGGGGACGCUGAUAACCCUAGGAUGUGUCACGUCAGUCAUACGGAACCCUGUAAUAAGAGUUCUUCUGGUGUGAUUGGGUUGUUAUGUGCGCUAUUUGUUCAUAGCUUUUUGGAAGGUUUGGCUAUUGGAUUGCAAGAAUCGGCUUCUCAGGUCCUCCUUCUGCUUGCAGCUGUGGCAAGCCACAAAUAUGUAGUGGGCUUCUGCCUGGGCGCGGAACUGUGCGAAAGCGGGAACCGAAUCUGCGCUCACAUAGUGUGUGUGGUCCUGUUCAGUGGGGGCUCCGUGGGGGGGAUAGGCUUGGGAGCUGCUCUGGACUCUAUGAGUGUGCUGAGGGAUUCCAUUGCAGUGCCUAUUAUGCAGGCAUUAGCAGCCGGUACACUACUAUACGUGACCGUGAGUGAGGUCCUCCCGCGGGAGCGAGCGAGAUGGCACGAGAGGAAGAGGUCAGCUGGGAUGCUGCAGUUUAUGGCUGUGGGCCUCGGCUUCGGGGUUAUGUACCUGUCUACUGUGUACUUGGACCAUGAUGCAGCUUGAACAACGAAGUUCACGAUUAAGAAGUGUACGUAGGUAGUAAAUGACUAACAUUCGAAUUUAUUUUUUACUUUGUAGGUAUAAUAUGUAUUUCUAUAAUAAUAAUAGGAUUAAUUGCGACAUGAUUUAUAAUGCAUUUUGACAUUUUAUAAUAAUAUUAAGUUUGACAGUAUUCAAUAAAACAAUUCUACAAUUUCA